CGGAGGCGGCGGGGGGCGACGGCUCGGCGGGAUGGAGGGGCUCAUCCCGCUCGUCAACCGGCUGCAGGACGCCUUCGCCGUGCUGGGCCAGAACUGCCUGCUGGACCUGCCGCAGAUCGCGGUGGUGGGCGGGCAGAGCGCCGGCAAGAGCUCCGUGCUGGAGAACUGCGUGUCCAGGGAUUUUCUGCCACGAGGUUCUGGAAUUGUAACAAGGCGACCGUUGGUCUUGCAACUCAUCACUGCCAAAACAGAAUAUGCUGAAUUCCUACACUGCAAAGGGAGGAAGUUUACUGAUUUUGAUGAAGUUCGACAGGAAAUUGAAGUAGAAACAGAUAGAAUAACGGGAGUGAACAAAGGCAUUUCUUCAAUUCCUAUUAAUUUAAGAAUAUAUUCUCCACAUGUAUUAAGUCUGACUCUUAUUGAUUUGCCGGGAGUCACUAAAGUGCCUGUAGGGGAUCAGCCUCCAGAUAUUGAGCAGCAGAUCAAAGACAUGAUAAUGCAGUUCAUCUCUCGAGAAAACUGUCUGAUACUGGCUGUGACUCCAGCUAACACUGAUCUGGCCAACUCUGAUGCACUGAAGUUAGCUAAGGAAGUGGACCCUCAAGGCCUUAGGACCAUUGGUGUGAUCACAAAAUUGGAUCUGAUGGAUGAAGGAACAGAUGCAAGAGAAAUUCUAGAAAACAGACUAUUUCCUCUUCGUAGAGGUUAUAUUGGUGUCGUAAACAGAAGCCAGAAAGACAUUGAUGGGAAGAAGGACAUAAAGGCAGCUCUUCUAGCAGAAAGGAAAUUUUUUCUUUCUCACCCAGCAUACAGGCACAUGGCAGAUCGGAUGGGAACACCGUAUCUCCAGAAGGUUCUAAACCAGCAACUUACCAAUCAUAUUCGGGAUACCUUGCCAACCUUUCGAAGCAAACUCCAGGGCCAGCUGCUUUCUAUAGAACACGAAGUAGAGGUGUACAAAAACUUCAGACCAGAAGAUCCAACCAGAACAACAAAAGCCCUGUUGCAGAUGGUACAACAGUUUUCAGUGGACUUUGAAAAAAGAAUUGAAGGAUCAGGAGAUCAGGUUGAUACACUAGAACUUUCAGGAGGUGCCAAAAUCAAUCGUAUUUUCCAUGAACGUUUUCCUUUUGAACUAGUGAAGAUGGAAUUCAAUGAGAAAGAACUGCGGAGAGAAAUAAGUUAUGCCAUCAAGAACAUACAUGGUAUCAGAACAGGUUUAUUUACUCCAGAUAUGGCUUUUGAAGCCAUUGUUAAAAAACAGAUAGUCAAGCUGAAAGGACCUUGCUUAAAAAGUGUGGAUCUGGUGAUGCAAGAGUUAAUCAACACUGUUAAGAAGUGCACUAAAAAGUUGGCAACAUAUCCAAGGUUGUGUGAGGAAACAGAAAGAAUUGUUGCCAGCUACAUUCGUGAAAGAGAAGAGAAAACCAAGAAUCAGGUGCUGCUGUUGAUUGAUAUCCAGGUUUCUUACAUUAACACCAACCAUGAAGACUUCAUUGGCUUUGCAAAUGCCCAACAAAGAAGCAGUCAGGUUAACAAAAGUGCAGUGGGAAAUAAGGGAACCAAUCUACCGCCUUCAAGGCAAAUUGUGAUCCGGAAAGGCUGGCUGACGAUAAACAAUAUUGGCAUCAUGAAAGGAGGAUCCAAGGAAUACUGGUUCGUUCUAACUGCAGAAAGCCUGUCCUGGUAUAAAGAUGAUGAGGAAAAAGAAAAGAAGUAUAUGCUUCCUUUGGACAACUUGAAAGUGCGAGAUGUUGAAAAGAGCUUCAUGUCUAGCAAACAUGUCUUUGCAUUGUUUAACACGGAGCAGAGGAACGUUUACAAGGAUUAUCGUUUCCUUGAGCUAGCCUGUGACUCCCAAGAGGAGGUGGAUAGCUGGAAGGCAUCUCUGCUACGAGCCGGUGUCUAUCCUGAUAAAUCCUCAGGGAACAACAGAACUGAAAAUGAGGAGAAUGGCCAAGCAGACAAUUUUUCAAUGGAUCCCCAGCUGGAGAGACAGGUGGAGACAAUUCGAAAUCUUGUGGACUCCUACAUGUCUAUUAUCAACAAAUGUAUCCGAGAUUUGAUACCAAAAACAAUCAUGCAUCUUAUGAUCAAUAAUGUAAAAGAAUUUAUCAACGCAGAGCUCCUGGCUCACUUGUAUUCUUCUGAGGACCAAAACACUCUAAUGGAGGAGUCAGCUGAGCAGGCACAGAGGCGAGAUGAAAUACUCCGCAUGUACCAAGCACUAAAGGAAGCCCUGGCAAUCAUUGGUGAUAUUAGCACCAGCACUGUCUCAACCCCUGCACCCCCUCCAGUAGAUGACUCUUGGCUUCAGCAGGCCCGCAGAUCGCCUCCCCCGAGUCCCUCCGUUCAGAAGAGGCCUACAUUAAACACUCCCGCAACCAGGCCUUUAUCUGGCCGAGGACCUGCUCCUGCAAUCCCAUCUCCAGGCCCUCAUUCGGGGGCUCCCCCAGUCCCGUUCCGCCCAGGACCACUGCCUCCGUUCCCAAGUGGUGGUGAAGCCCUUGGAGGACCUCCCCAGAUUCCCUCUCGGCCCACGCGGGCUCCUCCCAGCGUCCCAAGUCGAAGACCACCCCCUUCACCUACUCGACCCACUGUAAUUCGUCCGUUAGAUUCAUCCCUGUUAGACUAAAAGAAGUUUCUGGCAUGUCAUUCAUUGUUAACCAAAUAUGUGGGAGCAAAAAUUGCUUGAUAACUGUUGCAAUAACCAAUGUAUAGUCGCAUGUAUGGACAUCUAUAGGCAAGUAACCAAUUUUACUGAUAUACUCUGUCCAUUCUGCAUUGUUCAUGAAGUCUUCAAUGUUUUGGGAAGGUCUGUGCUGCCUUGCCUUUUCCUUUUGCAACAGCUGGUGUUAGCUAACUUACUGACAUGUGUCUUCACCCAGGCAACUGUGCUCACAGUCCUGUACAGUAAAUGGAGGGCUUGACGUUGUGUGUGUUUGUGCACGUGUUGAUCUGCUGCUUUUUUUUCCUCUUUAUUUGAAAAGAAUCUUACUUUUAUUUGUACCUUUCAGGUUUUCUAUCAUUUGGGAUUACACGGUUAUUUUCUUUUUGAAUGCCUAAACAGAGCAGAGAGAAGCAAUGUGGUUUUUUUUAUCAAGCUCUUCUGAAGGCCCUGCAUUUCCAUGUCUCUCUUCCAAGAAGCUUGCUGGAUGGCUGCUUCUUCUACAAUUUUUCCUUAUCCAAAGUGCAGUUUUUAAGGAAUGCUGUUACACAAGGAGGGUGUGUGUGGGUCAAUGCAUGUGGGGUUUUUUUUGCAUACUCUUUCCACACUGGUGCCUGACAAGCAGAGUUGUUUGGGUGGCUGGUAAGGACCAGGCUUGCAGUGUCCCAGCUUGCAAAGCUCCACAACCUUUCCAUGGAUGUGAAAGUGUGGUUUGAAAAGCCAGUACACGAUAGAGCAGUGUGUGCAAGCUCACUUUGUCUGCUGCUAGUGCUUGCUCACAUUAGCACUCCCACUGAGCUCCUGGGAAGUCUUGGAGGUCGUAUGUGAGUGCAUGUAAUAAUGUACAAAUGUACUGUGUAUUGCUUUGGGUCAUUGUAUGGAACAGGAGGAGAUACAGAUAUAGAUACAUGCACAGCUGUAAAUGGGUCACCACUCCUCUGCCCAUUGUGUAAACCAAUUCACAGAGCUAUGCCCUAGAUUUGCAUCUGAGAUCUCCAAGGGUCCAGUUUGGAUUUGGGAUAUUUACUCAUGCCAGUUCAUAAAGUUCUAUUAUGUCCCCUUUCUAAGGAUUUUCUCUUUGCAUCACUUGAAGUCCCACACACCUUGCAUUAGGGUCACUUUAUCCAGCCAGGUACUGAGAAGUGCUCAGCUGUGCAUCCUGGCAAGGGAUUAUUUUAGCAGAUGUUCUCCUGCAGAGGUCUUCUCUGCCUGUUGUUUUGCACAUAUAUAUUAAUGUAUUAUAAAUACCUUUUGUCUUAAUUGCAUUACUUCACUUUAAACACUUAGGGUCAGUGUCACCCUUAUAGCUUAAAAUUUACUGAAUUAACAGAAUUAGACUAGAGAUUAAUUUGGCCUUGUUUCUUCAGAUAAUAUUAAUUGUUGUUAUUACAGUUAUACUUACAGAUCCCUAGGAAAGAAACUGGUGGUUUCAAAGGCCCCCAGUAUAAAAAGUCUAACGAAUUUAUUUAUUGAGACUGCAUGCAAGGCUCCAGUAUGCUGUAGCCCCAUGGUUAGGAAGAACUGAAUCAAAGAGCCACAACAAGUGGGGAUUUUGCCUAUUAAGUAUUCCCAGACUGCUGAUUAACUAGCAGUUAUACUCACCACUGAGGCAAAUCAUGUUUCAGCUUGCAUAAGGGAUGCUUGGGAAAGCAUCAUGAUUUGUAUGUUAGUUUAACUUUAAUUUCCUGUCAACCUCAUACUUGUGACAUGCACCUGGGGAGGUCAACAUCUGAAGCACAGUGAAGAUGGAGUUUGUUAGAGCACCAGCAUGUUGGUGAUCUCAGAAAGCUGUUUAAGUGGCUGGUGUUUGUUUAGAGAACAAACAAAAAGAUCUCCAACACCCAAGUGCAUAGAAUCAGCUUUCAAGGGAAGAAAAGGGUUGCAGACCCAACUAGAGUCAUAUUGAUUUUUACUGCAAAAAAAGAAAACAUAGUUUGACUAUUUUUCUUGUGUUCUACACAGCUUUCACUGUGUAGUACUCUCUCCAGUAACAUGCAAUGCAUCUAUUAGAUGUAUUUUUGUAAAUAUUUUUGUCCAUGCUGUUGCCUAGCCAGCAAACCUGUGUAUAGUUUAUCAGAACUCUGUUACUGCCUGCUGAUGGAAAGCCAAACUUAGCACCUCAGACACAGAAAGUCACUUUAACCCCAGAUUUUGAGAUUCAUACAGUGAUAUUGCAAGGCCAUGGUCUGGGUUUACCCCACCAUAUCCCAAGUACUUGCCUUAGUUGUCCAAGGCCCCCAUUUGUCCAGUGGAAAGAGGCAGCACCUCCGGCAGGUAAUUCAGACCAGUGUGGCUGCAUGAGAUACAAGGAUGGUAAUGCCAGUAAGUUAGGAGCCUCAAUUAGAUGGCAUAGACCCUGGCCUAAAAACAUACUUUAAAUCCUCUGCACUUGAGACUCCUUAAUUUACUUUAAUGACUGUUUCUGUCAAGCAUAAGGAAGUAGGUAGCAAAAUUCAGCACUGUCCUUAACUCUGCCCCCCAAGAGAUUGUAUUGCUCAGCAAUAAUCCUGAAGUGUAAAUGAAGCUCUCAAGGGUGGAUUUACCCAAAGGAGGAGGAGGCAGUGAGGCACCUGUGGCCCCACUGUCAGCACCAUCUGGUUCUGCGCUUGAUGCUGAGGUCAUGGGACACAGCUGCACAGCCCUCCCUUCCUCUGCAUCCUCAUUUAGGUCACAUCUAAAUCUGGCUCUGUGCCCUAGAUGUAACACUUUUUGGUGUGCAGGUUAAUAAUGAAUCUUGAGCACAGACUCAGAGUUUGAUAGUUUUACCUCUAACUUCUUGCGUAUACACUUCUCAGAAUAAACUCUGUAGAAUGGUUGUGUCUAGUAAAAAUGCUUAGUGUUACCCAAGAAAUUGCCAUAUCCAGUUGAGUAAGUGCUCUCCUCCCAGCCUUGAACCAUUUCCUCCUGCUGUACAGUGCCUGGAACAGGUUUGUUUGUCCCACUCACUCCUUAUGCUGGUGAGUCAUGUCUCUCCUGUCCCUUGCUCUCAGAGGAGCAGCCUUGGCAGCGUCUUGCUCCAUGUGAGCAUGAUGAGCACCCUAUGGACCUGCUAGAGGGACUGGCUACCUCUGGCUGGCCACUGCCCCCUCUGUAGACACCCUUGCACAGGGUGAGCUGAGCCUGAGCUCCUUCAGCAGGGAAGCAAAGGUUGUUCUCCCUUUCUUCAUUUCCCUCUGGCAAUGCUCAGAAGACUGUCAGGGAGUAGUGGAGACACCCGUUAAGCAACAGUUUGGUUUCUGAUCUUAGUUAAGGUGUGUAAUUAGCUGGGUGAUGUGCGUAGCUAAGUUUCAGGAGGGUGCUCAUCUAGUAUUGCAUUUAGGCCAGGCCUGGGUCUCUGCUUAGAGAACACGUUCCUCCUCACCUCAUCAUGGUUGACCAACAGCUGAAGAGCUUGUGCGUGCCAUAAAUAGCACUUGGCCUUUAACCUCAAGGGAUCUUGUGUUAGGAUUAAAAAGAUGGUAUGUUCAAUGGGAAGGUUUAUGUACAUAGUUAAUGUGUGUUUAUUUUAUUGCUGAUCUUGUUGCACUUUCUGAGUAAGCCUCAUGAAAUUAGAUUAUUUAUUAUAUUAAAGGAGAUAACAUCAUAGGUUAUGGCAUUUCAUGUUAAAGCAUAACAUAGGAAAUACUAUACUCUUGCUACACUAAACAACACUUAUACAGCAUAUUGAGAUUACUGGCUAGUUCUGUCUUUUUGUCUUCAAAUAGUCCAAGCCUCCUGAAUUGAGAGUGGACCUGUUUUGCACCUGUGACACCAGGGAGGCAUCCGGCCUCUCGGUUUGCGCAUGGCAUGGUUCCUCCGCUGGGGCAUGGAACCUCCUCCCGGGCUCCAGCAGAACAGCUCCCUUGUGUAAAUGAAUGUUACUCUGCCUGUCUUUCCUCUUGCUUUGUCUGCAGGCGAGCUGAUACUGAUGGCUCCUCCCGUCCAGACAGUCCUCCACUCUUGCUUGAUAUAUGAUUUGUCCCGUCUUGCGAGCCCUUUGCUUUACUGCCUGUCUCUUUACUUUUCCAGGAUGGUGUAAACGAUAACUUCUUUUUAUAAGAAGGAAAUGCUUCAUUUCUUUCUGAGUUGUUUUGCUCUGUAUGUUAAUGCCCUACUUCAUAUGAGCCAAAACAUCUGCCUUUGUUUUCAUAAUCUGUAAAUGGUUCCUGGUGUUGACCUUUGAGCACAGCAAGUCGAUUCCCGAAACCAUGGUAAUUACUGAGCAUCACAUACACCUACUGUAAAAAUGUUAUGCUGCAUUUCUGAACCUGAAAUAAACCUUAACUCUUGA